AUGGGAGAUUGCUUCGAACCUGUAGAUGCUGGAUCAGUAAUAGAUUGGAUUGACAACGGAAUCGAUGUCGUCUUGGGACCUGCUUGCUCAGCAUCAGCAUUGGUAUCCGGAACGGUAGCAAAACACUACAAUUUCCCCAUUGUUGUGUGGGCUGGAAUGUUUACGUCAGCACUGUUGAGCACUGACGAUUACCCAACGGUUUUGUCGUCGACCUGGAGUUCGAACAAUCAAGCACGGACUCUUACCCGUCUUUUCGAACGAUUCAAAUGGAAAGAAAUAGCCGUGGUGUUUUAUGCGGCCAGAAGCGAUUUGAUACCUCGUUGCUCCCUUAUAAUCUCCGAUUUGGAAGCAAGUUCCCAGGCAGGAGAACUGGCCGAUGCGAUGUUAUUAUAUGCUUAUGCUUUGAAUAAAUCUCUCACUGCUGGUUAUGUGAAACCUACAGGUUCUCAGCUAGCACCAUAUGCUAAAGGGACCUUUCAAGGUUUUUCCGGAACUGUGGUAAUCAACGACAAUCUAACACGAGAUCCUGUAUUUUACAUAUAUGGCUUGGAUCCCAGCGACAAGCAAAUCCUUUUAAUGGAAAUAACGGAAGAUCUGGAGAACAAUAGCAUAGCACUAAUUGAAGAAUUACAACCAUCGUCUGUAAUUUGGGCAAAUCAUGGUGGUUCGGCACCUCGCAAUCGUUUUAAAUGUGAUUUUGAUGGGAGUGCUUGUCCACCAAGUUUUGCUGAGCAAUACCUAGUCAUCACUAUAGUAGCAGUCGUGGUUCCGAUACUCAUCAUCGCAGCUGCAGUUUUCUUUAUUCUGAGGUUCCGCAGAAAUGAGGAAGAGCGUUUGAAUGCUCUCUGGAAAAUACCGUACCUAAAACUACAAAAACCCGCUAUUAAGAGUGAUGUACAUAGUUCGCGAUCGCUUCAGAGUACCAUAACCACAAGCACAAAAGUGACGAUCGACUCAAAGAAGGAUACCGAAAGACAUUCGUUCUACCUCAUUGGUGAUGAUUCCGUGGUUGCACGGAAGCAUACUGGUAGACCAGCGCUGAAGAAAUCGGAAUGUACUCAGCUCAGAAAGAUGCAAAACGUAGACCAUGAUAACAUCUGCAAGUUUGUUGGUCUUAGCGUUGACGGACCACAGCUGAUGUCCAUUUGGAGAUACUGCUCAAGAGGAUCUUUGAAGGGAAUUUAUUAUCUUCACCAUUCAAUAGGUGCUCACGGCUGGAUCAGCUCUGGAACAUGUCUUGUAGACGAGAGAUGGCAGAUAAAAAUCACAUAUUGCGGACUUGAUGCAAUGAAAGCGAUGGAAGCAAGGGAACAGAAAGACAACCUGUGGGUAGCUCCUGAACAUAUUAGAGAUCCCACAUUGCCACCUACUAAAGAAGGAGAUGUUUACAGCUUCGGCAUCGUAUGCUCAGAAAUUAUAACAAAAAAAUCGGCAUGGAACCUUGAAAAUCAGGAUUACGAUCUUGACGAGAUGAUUUAUAAGAUCAAGCGCGGUGGACGUUCUCCUAUUCGGCCCUCACUGGAGACCGAAGACGAGCACAAUUCUAGCCUCACACUGCUCGUGAAAGAUUGCUGGAGUGAAGAAAUUGAAAUGAGACCAUCAUGUGAUCAGCUGAAGUCGCUCAUCAAAAGCAUGAACCAUAACAAGUCUUCAAACCUAAUGGAUCAUGUUUUCAACGUCUUGGAACAGUAUGCAUCUAACCUAGAAGAAGAGGUACCACCCAUUUUCCUGCAUCUACCAAAUUUUAUCUCAAUCAUUGAGGUGGAAGCCAGAAUGAAAGAACUUACAGAAGAGAAGAAGAAAAGUGACGUGUUGCUCUACCGAAUGCUGCCGAAACAAGUAGCCGAGCGACUAAAAAUGGGCCAAUCUGUCGAACCAGAAACUUUCGAAUGUGUGACGUUGUUUUUCUCCGAUGUUGUCUCUUUUACGACUUUGGCUAGUCGAUGUACACCGCUACAGGUUGUUAAUUUACUGAACGAUCUCUAUACUCUUUUCGAUGCGAUUAUAGACGAGCAUGAUGUUUAUAAGGUCGAAACAAUCGGUGACGGCUACCUUUGCGUUUCUGGUCUACCGCAUCGAAACGGCAAUGAACAUGCGAAGGAAGUUGCGGAGAUGUCGUUCGAGCUCCUCAGAGCUAUACAAAAAUUCCGAGUGCCUCAUUUACCUAACGAGAAGAUCAGCAUUCGUGUGGGGUUACAUACGGGCUCGGUUGUGACUGGCGUAGUGGGAAUGACUAUGCCCCGAUAUUGUUUAUUUGGCGAUGCUGUGAAUACAGCAAGUCGAAUGGAAAGCAAUGGAAAACCUGGACGAGUGCACAUCUCCACCGAAACAAUGAAAUUUUUGACGGAGGUAAUCGGUGGUUACAAGACUGAGCCUAGAGGAGAAGUCAUAGUGAAGGGUAAAGGCGCUGUCGAGACGCACUGGCUACUUACACCAGAAGAGUAA